CUCUGGCUGUUCCGGGACGCGGGGACAAACGAUGGACUCCUUGUCAACCAGCAGGAGCUGUUUGUAGCGGCUCCCAAUGUGAAUAAAGCAGACAUCACGCUGCCAGUGUUCACCCUGAAAGAGAGGUGUCUCCAGGUUGUUCGCAGUCUGGUCAAACCGAUGGAUUACAGGAAACUGGACAUUGUUCGAUCGUUAUAUGAAGAGCUGGAAGAUCAUCCUGAUAUUAGGAAGGAUCUUCAGCGACUUUCUCUGGAGAGAAGUGAAACAUUGAAGAACGGAAUUCUGGAAUAA